AUGCGCUUUUCCAAUGACAACAUGUUCUGGCGCUCUCACCUAGGCGCGCUUGGGGCUAUGGUACAGGCUGUAUGGGCCAUGCACUGGCGAACGUACAUUCUACUAUGCAAAGUAUGCAACGUGCCACCGCCAUCUUAUUACGUUCUACACGUUCAAUUUUAUCAAUCUAUACCACGCCGCUCAUGUCUUGUCCGAUCUUAUUCCCAAUCACACUAUCCAGAAGAACAACAGCAACAAAGUACUACAGCAACUGCUAGUAGUAGCACCGAGAACAGUAGCAGCAACAACAACAACAACAAUUCACUUGAUGUACUCGAUCGCGAUAUAAUUUUACAAAAAAGUCGAAGUCCAAGAUCUGAAUCUUCCGAUUCCACUCGUGAUUUCAACAGUAUGCUAUACACGUUGUUCCCUGAGUCUCAAGCACAAGGAUCGUCAUUACCACCACUGCCACGAAAAAAUAGUAGCAGUAGUGGCGCCAAGACCCCAGUGGAUCCUACAGCUGCUAAAUAG